AUGGCUACUCAUCUUGAAAGUCUACUGCUGCCAUAUGGCCGUAAAGAGCUCUGUCACUCCGUGCUGCCAGCCCUCAUCGACUGUGUCGCCGACAUAGCCAAGACACUGCGUCGGUCGCAGCAUGUGACUCUUGCUGGCACGGAGAACGUUUUCGGAGACGACCAGCUCAACGUCGAUAUAUCCUCCGAGAGCCUCGUUCGAGCCGCACUGGCCAAAUGCGAUUCCGUCACUACUGCAAGCAGCGAAGAGGAUCCUGUGGAACGGCCCGUUCAUCAUGGCUCGAACCCAGCUCAGAAGACUCCUCUCGAUGAGCAGUACACCGUGGCCUUUGACCCUCUUGACGGCAGCUCCAUCAUUGCGCCCAACUGGGCCGUCGGCACCAUUAUUGGAAUCUGGGACGGCAACUCUGCGCUCGGGCAGGACCCCUCGGCCAAGCAAAUCGCUGCCGUGAUCGGUGUCUACGGGCCGCGCACGACGGCCUUCAUCGCCCUUCGCGUUCCCGGAGCCGAGCCGACUUGCGUCGAAAUCGGCAUCGGCGACGCAGGCGCGCAAGGCUACGAAGUCUUGCGGCCUCGCGUCCUGUUCAGCGCCGCGCCGUACAAGACGCGCUACUUCGCUCCCGCCAACCUGCGCGCGGCGGCUGAGAGCGACAAGUAUCUGCGGCUCGUUACUCACUUCAUCCAGUCAAAGUAUACCCUGCGCUAUAGCGGUGGUCUGGUACCCGACAUCGUGCAUGCGCUCGUCAAGGGUCAUGGAGUUUACGUGUCGCCGGUCACGCUGGAGAGCCGAGCCAAGCUGCGGCGCCUGUACGAGCUGUAUCCUAUUUCUUUGGUUGUCGAGUGCGCUGGUGGCGCUUCUAUCAGUGCGUCGGACGGAAAAAACAUGCUGGCUCGACCGUUGGAAAGCUGUGACGAGAGAGAAGGUGUGAUAUGCGGGACUACGGAGGAUGUUGAGGUUGCAAGAGAAGCACUACUCGGGUAG